AUGCCCCUCCUCGAAACCGCACCCAUGCAGUCAGAAAGAAUUAUUCCUGUAGCAUUGAAAGCUGCAGAUGGAACCAUUGGGGAUGAUGUUGCAUCUCUGUUGAAUACCGUAUUUGAAGCGCAAUCAUCGCAGCAAGCGUUGGACGCUUCGUACGCCCUUACCAACCUCUUGAUCAGCACCGGCAGCGUUCGAUGCCUUCAUAAUUACAACGUCAUCCAAGAAAUAAAGAAGGCUGCGGCAGAUAAGAAGAAUGGCGCGAGGAGGGAGAGCUCCAUGUUGAUUCUGGGAGCUUUGUUUGAACGAUAUCCUCUGGAAAACCCGCUGAGUGAGGUUGUCUUCCUCCUUGAGGAUGGCGGCUUGCUCUACCUUGCAUUGGAUCUACUGGCAGAUAAGGGUGCAGUCGUGCGAGAAGCAGCCCAAUAUGCUAUUGAUGCCUUAUUUGCGUGCCUAAAGGAAGAAUCUCUUGUCCACGCCCUUGUCGAACCUCUUUCUCGAUAUCUAAGCAAGGCUACCGGGAAAUGGCAGGGAACAAUAGGAGCAUACAAGCUGCUUGAAAAAGUGGCAAAGAGGGCUGAAAUUGGCACAGAGAGUAAAGAGAAGGAAGAGCUUAAAGAUCAUCUACGACUCACCCUUGGCCAUAGGCUGAAGGAUUUGAUCCCUAUUGUUGAGAGUGGAAUGCAUGACUUGAAGGCAGAGGUUGCUAAGCAAGCUGUGAAGACCAUGGCAGCACUCUCUACUGUCCUUGACAAUGAUGAUGUUGCAAACCGAAUUCCGUUGUUGCUCAAAACCAUGGAGAAGCCGUCGACCGAAACUCUCCAAAAGGCCAUCCAUGCGCUUUCUCAAACCACCUUCGUAGCGGUUGUUACAUCACCAGUCCUAGCAUUGCUUACUCCUCUACUUGAACGAUCUCUUAAUACCCCAACUACCACUCAAGAAGUCCUCCGCCAAACCGUUGUAGUCGUUGAGAACCUUACCAGGCUUGUCCAUGACCCCAUUGAAGCCAGGACUUUCCUGCCUAAGCUGAAGCCUGGUGUCCAGCGUGUCAAAGACGGUGCUUCUCUUCCAGAAGUACGAGAGCUUGCUACGAGAGCUAUGAAUGUCAUUAACAAGGCUAUGGGCGAUGAUGAGAACGGCGUCAGAGAUUCUCGCGUUACAACCGAGCAGGUUGAAGCCGUCCUCGACGAACAAAUGAAACCUUACACCAAGUUCAGCCAGUCGGAUGAGAAGCGUUUCUGGGGAAUUAGCAGAACCUAUAUCGCCAACAUGGUCCGAGACGAUGCCAAUUCCCGGCUUCUCGAUCGUAUUCCUGUGUGUGUUGGUCCAUAUCUCCGAUCUUUCGUCCCUGAUGGAAAACAGGAUGAGAUUGCCGCAGCUGUUAAGGCUCAUUUCGUUGCAGAAGAUGAGCGCCGAUUUGGUGUUCCCGUCAAAGAGGAUGACGGGGAGAUUGAAAUUGUCAAUGCUAACUUUUCCCUUGGUUACGGUGGUCGACUCCUCCUCUCACACGCUAAUCUAAGGCUCCUGAAAGGUCAUAGAUAUGGACUGUGUGGUCGUAAUGGUGUCGGAAAGUCCACUCUCAUGCGCAGUAUUGCUAAUGGCAAACUUGAAGGGUUCCCGCCCCAAGAUGUUUUGAAGACUUGCUUCGUUGAACACAACCAAGGCGAGGAUGCUGAAUUGAGCGUUUUGGAAUUCAUCACGAAGGACCCCGAGAUGGCUGCGGCCGGAGAGGAGAGGAUCUCUGCUGCACUUAACGAGGUCGGCUUCACCCCUGGCCCAGAAGGUAGACAGCAGCAACCCGUUGGCUCUCUGUCUGGUGGUUGGAAGAUGAAACUGGCUCUUGCCAGAGCUAUGAUUAUGGAAGCCGACGUUCUCCUACUUGACGAACCUACCAAUCAUCUGGAUGUCGACAAUGUUAAGUGGCUACAAGAAUAUUUAAAGAAACACACAGAAGUUACCAGCUUGAUAGUCAGUCACGACUCCGGUUUCCUAGACGCAGUCUGUACAGACAUCUACCAUUAUGAGCAGAAGAAGCUUGUUCACUACAGGGGGAACCUUGCAGAUUUUGUCAAAGUCAAGCCGGAAGGAAAGAGUUAUUACACCCUUUCUUCUGUCAAUGCAAACUUCAAAUUCCCCCCUCCUGGCAUUUUAUCUGGAGUCAAGUCUGCUACUCGCAUCAUCCUUCGCAUGACCAACUGUUCCUAUACCUACCCUGGUAGCAGCAAGCCAUCAUUGGUCGAUGCAAGCUGCGCUCUCACGCUGUCUUCUCGAGUUGCUAUUAUUGGCGGCAACGGAGCAGGGAAAUCUACUUUGAUGAAACUGCUCACCGGUGAGACCAUUCCACAGACGGGGAAGGUCGAAAAGCACCCCAACCUACGUAUUGGGUAUAUCAAGCAGCAUGCGCUGGAGCACGUGGAAAUGCACAUGGAGAAGACUCCUAAUCAAUAUCUUCAAUGGAGAUAUGCGAAUGGAGACGACCGUGAAGUUCUUAUGAAGCAAACCCGCAUCCUCACUGAAGAGGAUAAGAUCCAGAUGGCCAAACCAGUCGAUAUUGGAGAUGGAAAAGGGCCGCGCAAUAUUGAAGCUUUGAUGGGAAGGCAAAAGUACAAGAAGACUUUCCAAUACGAAGUUAAAUGGAAGAACAUGCUCCCCAAGCACAAUACCCAGAUCUCUCGUGAAACGCUUUUGGAACUCGGAUUCCAAAAGCUCGUCCAAGAAUUCGAUGAUCAUGAAGCAUCGCGUGAAGGUCUGGGAUACCGAGUCCUUGAACCCAAGGUUAUCUCCAAACAUUUUGAAGACAUCGGCCUCGACCCUGAGAUCGCCAACCACAACGAGAUCGGUGGUCUUUCCGGUGGACAGAAGGUCAAAGUUGUCCUUGCCGGAGCUAUGUGGAACAACCCCCAUUUGCUCGUGCUGGACGAGCCCACCAACUUCUUGGACCGCGACUUCUUGGGCGGCCUUGCUGUUGCGAUCCGUGAGUUUAAGGGCGGUGUUGUCAUGAUCUCCCACAACGACGAAUUUGUCGGCGCACUGUGCCCUGAAAGGUGGCACGUUGAGAAUGGCCGGAUGACCCACGCUGGCACUACGGCCGUGGCACUCGAUCGAUUCGAAGAUCAGUCGCGCGCUGCUAGCACUGUGGCCAGCAGUGUCGUGUCCAGUGCCGCACCGUCCGCUGUGAAUUCGGGUGCUGAAGAUGGAGGCGAGCUAAAGUUCAAGGCUAAGAAAAAGAAGAAGAUGACCAGAGCUCAGCUCAAAGAGCGUGAGGUCCGCCGCAGACUACGACAUAUCGAAUGGCUGAACAGCCCUGCCGGGACUCCUCACCCACCAGAUACUGACGAUGAGCAGUAG